UGAAGGGCUACUUACAUGAGGAAUACUUCCAUUUUAGCUCGCUACAACUAUCAUCUAGCGAUUUUGAUCAGAGGGCCUUUUGGUUACUCUUCCAUUCGUCUAUCUUCUCUGUCUAUCAGUAUGCCAACUCCUGACUACAACGUAGAACUGGACCUUGGCGAGCCCCCUCCAGAACUCCAGGAGUAUGCGAGAAAGGAAUGCGGAGAGGAUCCUAACACCAGAUUACAAGCAAUUCAUGAACUAAGAGAAUUGAUAUACGAACGCGGCGAGUGCACACCGCAGCGGAUGGAUGACGCAUUCUUGAUAAGAUUCCUGCGAGCUCGCAAUUUCAUACCACAAAGAGCACACAGGCUGAUGGUCAAUUAUUACCGUUUCAAGGAUGAAAACCCGGAAUUGUUUGAAAAUGUUUAUCCACUUGACUUUAGAAACAUUGGCGACGCGAAUGUAAUGUCCGUCCCGCCAUAUCGAGACCAGGACGGCAGACGGCUUAUGCUGUAUAGAAUUGGUUGUUGGAACACAAAAACAAUAGCAGUAGAUGAUUUAUUAAAGGCCACAAUUUUUGCUUUGGAGAUUGGUGUUAUGGAGAUUCGUACUCAGAUUUUGGGAGGAGUGGCCAUGUUUGACCUGGAAGAUAUUGGUAUACAGCACGCGUGGCAAGUCACACCCUCCGUUGCGUCUAAAAUCGUCAAGCUGUUAGUGUCCAGCUUCCCCGCUAACACUCACGCCAUCCACAUUAUAAACCAUUCCUGGAUCUUCGACAAAAUGUACAACAUAUUCAAGCCGUUUUUGACAAGAGAUAUGCGAGCUAGAAUCUUUUUUCACGGAUAUGACGUCACAUCUCUUCACAAGCACAUCCGCCCGGAGUACUUACCGGAGAGGUAUGGUGGUGUCUGGCCAGAUUUCAGCUAUACAGGUUGGCUGGAAUCACUGCGAAAUAACUACACCGUAGCCAAAGAAAUUAUAGGUUGUGGCUAUAAGUUUCGUGAAGAAGAAGUUGGUUCAGAUGUUGUUAGGCGACUUCGUGAGGAGAAAAUCAAGUUAAAUUAGUACUAAAUAUUGAGCAGUUGAGCCUAGUGGAUUCAGCGUGCGACUCUCAUCCGUGAGGUCGUAGGUUCAAUCUCCGGCUCCACACCAAUAACCUUUUUUCUAUGUGCAUAUUUAAAAUAAGCUCGAACGAUGGUGCAAAUGAUGCAGCAAAGUAAUUAAUUCAGAGAGUUAAUUGAAUCUCUAGACAAUUAAUUAAAUAUCGAUAUUCAAUCAAGUUCUUGCCUUAGACCCAAAAAGACGACGGCGUGUGUCAGGCACUGGAGGCUGAUUCGCCACUUGCCUAUUAAAUUGACAGAUAUUCAUGAAACAAAAAUAGAAAUCUCAGGCUCGGAUUAAGGAAGCCAUUGAUCUAUUUCGUUUUAUUAGUACAAAUAUAGUGUUUAAUUGUUUUAAGUGUCCUGUAUUACUAGUAUUAAAAUAAUAUAAUACAUAUUGAAUAUUGUAUAAGUAUAAAAAUUCGGUGAUGAUUUCUUUAAUAGAGUAUUUUAAUGAUAACUAUUUUUUUCAUGGAGUUCUGGUAGUGUUGAUACCUUGGAACGUAGCAUUAUUAAACGUAACAUUGUUCUUUAAUAGUAUUUUAAUUGUUUUUAACAAUAACUAUUAUUAACCAGAUUACUUUAUAAUCGUUUAAACUCAUAGCUAAUCUAAAACCUGGGAAAAUUAAAAUAAAAUAUUUCUUUGGACACAACCAUACAUAUUAUGCAUAUAGUGGAUUAAGUUAAGAAAUGGUUUUUAUCAGGUUUUGGUUGAGUUUGUGUUUUAGUUUAAGAAACUGUUUUUUUUAGUUUAAGCGUCCAUUACGGAUGAAAUUACUUUAUAUGAAAAUUUUGUACCGUAAUAAGUAGUGAGCCUAAGAUAUCAGUAGUAAUAAUAGAAAUUAAUGUAAGUUAAAGCUAUAUUCGUCAAAGGCCUGUGAUAAAAAUAUAAAUAUAUCAAAUCAGUAGAUUAAAUAUCAAACUACUGAUUUGAAUAGCUGUAAGAAAAAUACCAUGUUUGAUUUUUAGAGAUCAUUAUUUUCACUUACGAAGUGCCACAAGAGAUGGCGCUAUUAUAAAAAUAUUUUUAAAUGUAUCUACAAUAGAAAUACAUUUUAUUAAGUUUAGUUGUUUUAGUUUUAAAUAGAGUGUCUUAUCUAUUAAUACUAGAAACGCAUAUAUCAGCUAUAAGACUCAUAGAGAAUUUCUUUUUUUUUGGCAUUCAGGAAUUUAGCCAGGUUAAAUAUUACCGGUGCGAUAGCUCAUCUAUAAGGAGAACGCCGUUUUACUAUAAACAUAAAAUUCCUUUUAGGAUGUUUAUUAGAUUUGUUGGAAUUAUUAACUGUGUUUUUUACGGAUUCUCGCUUUGUGAUUUCUUUAUAUACCUGAAAUGUAUACCUAAAUUGAAUUUUUGAAAUACGGAGUUUGCAGGAAAAUAAUGAAUAAAGUUAUAUAUAGAUUA